AAGUUCUCCUCUUUUUGACUACAUUUCUUUUUUUGUUUCCAUAGAUCUCCCCAUCAUCAAUGGCGGUGAUCACUCCAGCUACACGUAUCUCCCCGCCGCUGAACCGGCCUUUUAACCACCGGUCAUCACUCCCUUCCGCCUCUAAGAAUUUCCUCUUCCUCGGAAACCCCACUCCGAGCUCCACGAUCGUCGCCGUCCGGUGCCAGGUACCUUUCUCCGACGGGGGUAGCUCCACGAAUCACGCCUCUUCUGUUUCGUCUUCGAUCGAUUUCCUAACCUUGUGCCAUCGGCUCAAGACAACGAAGAGAAAAGGAUGGAUCAAUCAGGGGAUCAAUGGAGCUGAAUCGAUUGCUGAUCACAUGUACCGUAUGUCUCUAAUGGCGCUCAUUGCUGGUGAUCUUACUGGAGUUGACAGAGAAAGGUGUAUUAAAAUGGCAAUUGUGCAUGACAUCGCUGAAGCCAUUGUUGGAGAUAUUACACCAUCUGAUGGUGUGCCUAAGGAAGAAAAGAGUAGGAGAGAGAAAGCAGCUUUAGAGGAGAUGUGCCAAGUUCUGGGUGGAGGCUUAAGAGCUGAGGAGAUCACCGAACUUUGGCUGGAGUAUGAGAACAAUGCUUCUUUAGAGGCAAAUCUUGUAAAAGACUUUGAUAAGGUUGAGAUGAUUCUCCAGGCACUAGAAUAUGAAUCAGGUAAAUCUCAAUCUUUAUCUUUUUUAAAAUCACGUGUGCUUGUUAUCACUCUUACUAUACAUCCCAAGAAAUCUGAGUCUACGUUUGAUCAUUGUGGCAGAACACGGGAAAGUGCUCGACGAGUUUUUCAUAUCAACAGCAGGCAAGUUUCAAACCGAAAUUGGGAAGAGCUGGGCUGCUGAGAUCAACGCCAGGAGAAGAUCCCAAAUGACAAACAGACAGAGAUAGUAAUCCAGUUGCAAUAGUAGCUUCCAUCUCCCACAGGCCACAACUAUCAACACUAGGAAUCUUCAGAGCAAACUUCACAACCAAAGCAGAUGCCUCUUGAACCAAAAGGUGCAAGCUUUUCUGGUGAAAUUUUCAAUUUUGUUGUGCAACGAACACAAACACCUGGUUUUUAACUUCCCUUUCAGUUGCUUGUUAACUAGUACCAGACUUUUAAUACAUUCUUGUUGCUGAGAGAAGUGGAUCAGAGUUUUUUUUAUCAAAACCCUUGUUCGAGGUUCCUAAUCUGAUUCUGAUCGAGUCAGAUUUUUUUUUUCA